AUGACAAGGCUGAAGGCUGCAGAGAGACCACAGGUGGGAGAUUCACCUGAGGAAACAGAGACCAGCAAGCAUCCGGCUGAAACAACCAAUCAGCAAGCUGCAGAGCCACAGGGGGCGGAGCCAACACGAGCCACGUCAACCGAAACCUCAGCCAGUGAGACAGAGAGCGGCCCGUCAUCCGUCCAUGACGAUGAUGAUGAUGAAGUCUCUAGAUCUUACGAUGUGGAGUCUGAAAUCCAAGCUGCCGUCCCUCUCCCUCCAUUGGUGGAAGAGGACUUUGUGCCAGAUGAUCCUCGAGACAGCCUGCCUCCAUAUGAGGAUCAAGCUGAAACCAUAGACACAACUGGAGUUCUGGUGGAGGAACGGCCCCCAGAGGAGAGUCAAGCAGACUCUGGACAACACUUGACGAGCUCCAAGUUCACACAAGAAUCAGAGCCAGUUGUGGAAGCAGAGAACCAGUCUGAACCACCAGUAGAACCAGAACCACAGAGAGACACACCAAAGGAGACAGAGGGGACAACAGGGAAACGUGCCGAGGAGAAGCUCAAAGAAACAGCAAAGAAAAAGAAACCAAAGCUGUUGAAUAAAUUUGAUAAAACGAUUAAAGCGGAAAUCGACGCUGCAGAAAAACUUCGUAAGAAGGGGAAGCUGGAGGAGGCUCUGAGAGCGUUUGAGACUCUGGUGCAGCAGCAUCCACAGAGCCCCCGCGCCCUCUACGGGAGAGCCCAGACGGAGGACGACCUGGCUGAGAAGCAGCGUAGUAACGACAUGCUGCAAAAAGCCAUCAACAGCUACAGAGAUGCUGCUGAGCUCCCCGAUGUGACCUCUGACCUCCUGAGAGCAGCGCUGAAGAGACGAGCAGAGAGACAGCAGUUCCUGGGUCGGAUGCGCGGCUCUCUGGCGACGCUGGAGAAGAUGGUUCAGAUCUUUCCAGAAGACAUCGGGCUGAAGAACGAACUGGGCGUCGCCCACCUGCUGCUAGGAGACAACAAGGGCGCCAGGAAGGUCUUUGAGGAGGUUCUGGAGGUUGCCCCUAUCAACGGCUUCGCUAAAGUUCACUACGGCUUCAUCCUGAAGUCAGAGAACAAGAUAGAAGAGAGUAUACCGUACCUCAAGGAGGGUUUGGAGUCGGGUGAACCAGGAACAGAUGACGGCCGUUUUUAUUUCCACCUGGGCGACGCUCUGCAGAGAGUCGGAGACGACAAAGCCUACCACUGGUAUGAGUUGGGUCACCAGCGCGGUCACUUUGCGUCCGUGUGGCAGAGAUCUCUGUACAACGUGGACGGACUGAAGGCUCAGCCGUGGUGGACGUCCAGAGAGACGGGGUACAGCGACCUGGUCAGGGCGUUGGAGAGGAACUGGAAGACGAUCAGAGAGGAGGCUCUGAACGUGAUGGACCACAACACGGGUUCCUUUGUUCCUGAGGAGGAGAACCUGAGAGAGAAGGGGGAGUGGGGCCAGUACACCCUCUGGCAACAAGGGAAGAAAGUAGGAAACGCCUGUCAGAACGUCCCAAAGACCUGCUCACUGCUGGAGAGGUUCACUGAGGCUACAGGCUGCAAGAGAGGACAGAUCAAGUUCUCCGUGAUGCACCCUGGUACUCAUGUGUGGCCUCAUACUGGACCCACUAACUGCAGACUGAGGAUGCAUCUCGGCCUCGUGGUUCCUAAACACGGCUGCAAGAUCCGCUGCACCGAUCGGACCAGGGAAUGGGAGGAAGGUAAAGUGCUGAUCUUCGACGACUCCUUUGAGCACGAGGUGUGGCAGGAUGCCGACAGCUACCGGCUCAUCUUCAUCGUGGACGUGUGGCACCCGGAGCUCACGGCCCACCAGCGCCAGAACCUGAGCCCCAUCUAGACCAGGACCCGCCUCAGAGAACCUGAGCCCCAUCUAGACCAGGACCCGCCUGAGACCGGUAGGAGCUCGACAGACUUACCGGAGCGGCCGGUUCUUCUUCUGCUGUGGAUAAAAGAGACUGAGCUGCUGAAGGAUGGAACCGCCGGACUGAAGGAAACGAAUGAGUUACUACUGACUUUACAACCUGUCACCUAAACACACGCAGUACGUGUUCUAGUCCUGAUCCACCCUCAGGGUUCUGGUCCAGGGUUCUGGUCCAGGGUUCUGGUCCAGGGUUCUGGUUCAUCUUUGGCCCAGAACAGCUGGUUUCUGGUUUCUCUACGUGUAACAGAAAAUAAACCUCCUUCAAAGAAACAAAACAUUUCCACAUCUAGAAAACACGCUUUGAACAGACUGCGAGAACCCUUUCCUUGUCUCCUCUCCUUGUCCUCCCCCCCCUCUCUUCACUUGAUCUCCUCUCCUUGUUUCCUAUCCUCUACUUGUCUCUUCUCCUUUCUUUGUCACUUCUCCUUGUUUACUCUUAUCAGUUUGUUUCCUUUCCUUGUUUUCUCUCCUUUUUUGUCUCCUCUCCACAUCUCCUCUCCUUGUCUCCUCUCCUUUCCU